GAGAGAGAGAUGCGUGUGUGUGUUUGUGAACAUAAAGAGGUUAAAGUCCGAUAUAUAUUUUAAGUUGUAGCUCUCCGACUUUUAUUCUACCCCUUUGUUAUUCUCUCUCUCUCUGCAAAGAAAUGGAGGCCUGCCCAUCUGUGAAAAAUAUUCUUCUUCUAGAUUCUGAAGGAAAACGUGUAGCUAUCAAGUACUAUUCAGAUGACUGGCCUACAAAUAGUUCAAAGGAAGCUUUCGAGAAAUCAGUUUUUAGUAAGACUCAAAAGACAAAUGCGCGGACAGAAGCGGAGAUAGCAAUGUUCGAGAACAAUAUUGUUGUGUACAAGUUUGUGCAAGAUCUUCACUUCUUUGUUACUGGGGGUGAAGAUGAAAACGAGCUAAUCUUGGCCACUGUUCUUCAAGGAUUUUUUGAUGCAGUUGGCCUUCUGCUUAGGGGCAAUGUAGAAAAGAGGGAGGCACUUGAGAAUCUGGAUCUCAUUCUUCUAUGUCUUGAUGAAAUUGUUGAUGGCGGUAUUGUUCUUGAAACUGAUGCAAAUGUCAUAGCUGGGAAGGUUGCUACGCAUAGCGUGGAUUCAGGGGCCCCUUUAUCUGAACAGACAAUCAGUCAAGCGCUGGCAACAGCACGUGAACACCUUGCAAGAUCUCUGCUGAGCUAAGGACGCCAAUUGGUCUGAAGACAAGGAUUAUCUGGUUGGAAAGUGGGCUGUAGCUGGUCUAUUGACAUAUAUUGUAUGGGGUAACCUGAGAUUUGUUUGUCUGAUGAGUAUUAGAAUGGUAAUUCAUAAAAAGACAGCUAAUGGUGCUUCAUCACCGUCGGUCCCUAAACCGGUGUUGGAGGAUGUUUUUUUUUAAUAUACUAUGUUUUAGCCAGUUUUUUGAAGUAUAUAAACAUAUAAAGUGUACUUUAUCAGACCAAUUGUGUGCAUAGAGCUGCUAUAUUUUUGCCUGGA